AUGGCGAAAUACGCUCAUCCCGAGUCUCUGGUCACCACAGAAUGGGUAGCCGAGCAUGGCGGGGACGCAAACGUCCGGCUUGUGGAAGUAGACGUUGACACGGCGGCUUACGAACAGGGUCAUAUCGCUGGAGCCGUGGGCUGGAACUGGCAGUCCCAGUUGCAGCAGCCGGUGCGUCGCGAUCUGGCGUCGAAAGAGGAGAUCGAGCAGCUGCUGGGCGGCUCGGGCAUAGGCAACGGUACUACGGUCAUACUUUACGGAGACAACAACAACUGGUUCGCAGCCUGGGCUUUCUGGCAACUGAAAUACUACGGGCACGGCGACGUACGCAUUAUGAACGGAGGUCGCGCCAAAUGGGAGGCGGAGGGACGACCCCUGACCACCGAUACUCCCAGUUAUCCAGCCGCCGCCUACAGCGCGUCAGAUGGCGACCAAAGUGUCAGGGCGUACCGGGACCAGGUGCUGGCCCUGGUCAACGCGGGAAGCGUUUCCCUAGUAGACGUCCGGUCUCCGGCCGAGUUCAGCGGUGAGCUUCUUGCGCCGCCAACCGCUCCGCAGGAGGGUUCGCAGCGAGGCGGACACAUACCUGGAGCUGCCAACAUACCGUGGGGCCAGGCGGUAGACGAGGACGGGAGCUUCAAGUCGGCGGACGCCCUACGGGAGUUGUACGGCGGACACGGUAUUGACGGCGGGCAGGAGACCAUCGCCUACUGCCGCAUUGGAGAGCGCUCGUCGCACACCUGGUUUGUACUCACCCAGUUGCUGGGGAUGGAGAACGUUCGGAACUACGACGGUUCCUGGACUGAAUGGGGCAGUAUCGUUGGAGCCCCCAUCGAAAAGUAG